UCCCAGAGCGCGCGGGCCCGAGGGUGGGCGGGGCCGAGGGGGCGGCACCGGCGGCCAUGUUGAGUCCCCGCCUUUCCCUUACGGCUGCUGUUCCUCUUCCCGCCGCGGUCUGAGGAUCAUCUUCCCUUUGGUGUAGUCAAAAAAGCAAGUGGCAAUUGGACAGGAGAAGAAUGGCAUUGAAACAGAUUUCCAGCAACAAGUGCUUUGGAGGAUUGCAGAAAGUUUUUGAACAUGACAGUGUUGAACUGAGCUGCAAAAUGAAAUUUGCUGUCUAUUUACCACCAAAGGCAGAAACCGGAAAAUGCCCUGCACUGUAUUGGCUGUCUGGUUUAACUUGCACAGAACAAAAUUUUAUAUCAAAAUCUGGUUAUCAUCAAGCUGCCUCGGAACAUGGCCUCAUCGUUAUAGUUCCAGAUACCAGCCCUCGUGGCUGCAAUAUUAAAGGAGAAGAUGACAGCUGGGACUUUGGCACUGGUGCUGGGUUUUAUGUGGAUGCCACUGAAGAUCCUUGGAAAACUAACUACAGAAUGUACUCUUAUAUAACAGAGGAGCUUCCUCAACUCAUAAAUGCCAAUUUUCCAGUUGACCCCCAAAGGAUGUCUAUUUUUGGCCACUCAAUGGGAGGCCAUGGAGCUCUAAUUUGUACUUUGAAGAAUCCUGGAAAAUAUAAAUCUGUGUCAGCAUUUGCUCCAAUUUGCAACCCAGUGCUCUGUCCUUGGGGCAAAAAAGCCUUUCGUGGAUAUUUGGGAACAGAUGAAAGUAAAUGGAAGGCUUAUGAUGCUACCCACCUUGUGAAGUCCUAUCCAGGCUCUCAGCUGGAUAUACUGAUUGAUCAAGGAAAAGAUGACCAGUUUCUUUCAGAUGGACAGUUACUACCCGAUAACUUCAUAGCUGCCUGUACAGAAAAGAAAAUCCCUGUUGUUUUUAGAUUACAAGAGGGUUAUGAUCACAGCUACUACUUCAUUGCAACCUUUAUUACUGAUCACAUCAGACAUCAUGCAAAAUACCUGAAUGCGUGAAAAGCUUCAGAUAGAGAGUCUUUUCAGGAUUAUAAAAUUGUAAUAAACAAAAUUGCAAGGAAGAAAGAUUUUUAAACAUUGGAUUUCAUAAUGCUAAAAACUGCUUCAUUCUGUAAUUGAAUCACACUCUGAAUAAAAAUGUCAAAUCUGC